GUGACUUGUGAGCGCCAAAUUCCGUCCAAGGGACAAAAAAAAUCCCUAGUUUUCCUUUACUCGACAGCCGCUGCUGCUUCUGCAUCUCCUCACGCUGGCAGGCCGCCGUUGAGCACUCGCCAGUCGCCACCGGACACCGUAGUUGAAGAAGCAAUACCAGUUCCUCCACCGUACGCUACCUCGGUUCAAUUGCCUCUGUUAGAGCUGGAAGAUUGCUCAGAGAGUACACCUUCUUUGCUGUAAAAAAAGGGGAACUCUCAGGCCAUGAUCUUGUGAUAUCAGUGAAGAACAAUACUACCAGUCAAAACCCUUAACUCCGAGCCCCAGUUAUCUGUGUACAUUUGUUAUUUAAUCCAUCUUCUUUUGGAGUUUGAGAACAAGUAUGCGCGCAUUGGCCCUUUUGGGCCAGCGCAUGUUCUUUCAAGUUAUUGCUCAAACAACUUGCAUUAUUCGCCUACCCCUCUGCAGUGCUCCGUACUGUUCCGUCCUUUUCUAUGCUAAAGCAACUGAUAUUUCCUCGGCAAAAGUCUUGGAGGCAGAAGCUCAAGAAGAGCAACCACCAAACUCUCUAUCCUUAAGAAUAGAGAAGCUCCCAAGAGGAGUGCCUGUUGGAUCUGCCUUCCAAAGCUGGAUGGGUGAGGGGUUCCCAGUUCAUAGGGGAGAUAUCUUUCAUGCAAUGAAUCGGCUCAGGAAGUGUAAUAUGAACAAACGUGCGGUUGAGGUAAGUACAUGCUCUCUUUCUUCCUGAGGACUCUUCUUAUUUGUUUAGGAUAAUGCUAGUUUUAGUCCCCAUACUAUUGUGUUAUUCCUAUCCUACGAUUUUAACAAAAUGUUGCUGAACUUUAUCGUUUUGUUAGUGUUUUAGUUCCUCUUUUAAAGAUUUCAUCUGAAUCAGUUACAAGCAUGAUUGAUCAUGAUUCAAAGCACGUCUCAGAUGACUCAAGUAUACUUGAAAUUCUUGUUUUGCCACUUAAUUUGACUCUGAAAUUCCACAACUUUCAUUAUUGUGAUGCAUUCUUCAUUUGGAGGGAGAAUUUAUGAUAUAUUGUCUCUAUCGCAAUUUCACUGAUCCGUUUAUUCUUUACUUAAUAUACUAUUAUUGAUGGAAAUUGAGAUAGGUGAUGGAAUGGGUAAUCAGGGAAAGACCAUACAGGCCAAAGGAACUCGACUACUCUUAUCUCCUGGAGUUCACGUGCAAGCUUCAUGGGGUACCUCAUGCCGAGAACCUCUUCUCUCGUGUCCCACCCGAGUUCCAGAACGAGUUGCUCUACAACAACCUCGUAAUCUCCUGCUUGGACAAAGGAGUCCUGAGGCUCUCCCUCGAUUACAUGAAGAAGAUGAGGGAAUUAGGGCACCAAAUCUCGUACUUAGUCUUCAAUCGCCUGAUCAUUCUCCACUCUUCCCCUGGCCGCAGGAAAUUACUCCCUAAACUCAUGUCCCAAAUGAGGGCCGACAAGGUGGCACCACACGCCUCCACAUACAACAUUCUGAUGAAGAUCCAAGCUAGUGAGCACAACAUAGAAGGCCUGUUGAAGGUAUUUGCUGACAUGAAACGAUCACAAGUAGAGCCGAAUGAGAUCUCAUUCUGCAUAUUAGCCACUGCUCAUGCUACAGCAAGACUGUACACUGCUGCUGAAGAGUACGUCGAAGCAGUGGAAAAGUCUCAUACAGGGAAGAAUUUGUCAACGCUGGAUGUUUUGAUCGUGUUGUAUGGUUAUUUGGGGAAGGAGAAGGAUCUCGAGAGAAUAUGGGGAAUUAAACAAAACCUCCCUCGUGCUAGACCCAAGAGUUAUGUCCUAGCAAUUGAAGCCUUUGGCCGAAUUGGGUCAAUUGGUCGAGCAGAGGGGCUCUGGUUAGAGAUGAAGUCACGACAGGACCUCAGUUCGACCGAGCAAUUCAAUUCGAUCUUAUCCGUGUACUGCAGACACGGGCACGUCAAAAGGGCCACUGCCAUUUUCAGAGAAAUGGAGGCUAGCGAUGGCUGCAAACCGAAUGCAAUAACUUUCCGACAUCUCGGGUUGGGUUGUUUGAAAGCCGGGCUGGUCGAGGAAGCCUUGAAGACUCUUGAGAUGGGGUCGAAGAUGAGAGCGACUAGCGGAGUCAGGAACUCGACACCAUGGCUGGAAACGACCCUUGCUCUCGUGGAGGCUUUCGCGGAGAAGGGUGAUGUGAUGAAUGCCGAGAAGUUGUUUGGGGAGCUUGGAAAGGCCAAGUAUAUAAGGUAUACUUUUGUGUAUAAUACUCUGAUAAAGGCUUAUGUGAAGGCCAGAAUGUAUGAUCCGAAUCUGUUGAGGAGGAUGAUUUUAGGAGGUGCUAGGCCUGAUGCUGAGACCUAUAGCUUAUUGAAACUUGCGGAGCAGUUUAGUAGUAGCUAGUAACUGAGCUCUAGCCAUUAUGGCGGCUCUGUUGUAUUUGUAACAUUGUAUUAUUUUUCCAUGUCAUUGAGAUGGGUUCUAUCUUCUCUCACUACUGCAGUAAA